GACUCAGGUACCCUCAUUAAAAUUAGUCAAGACAAGACGAAGAUUGGCAAUCGUUCCCUUUGUAACUGAAAGGCAGGGUACUUCCAAAUUACUGCAAGAGACCUGCUGAAUUCAAUGCAUAGCAUCAAGUGCAGCGGGCCAUUAAGCUCCACUCCCCCACGCAGACUAAUUAGUGUAUUAUUAUUAUUUUUAAUUUUUAUUUUUUACAGUCAGAUUUGGUGUGCCUGAAGUUGUACAGGGCUGGCUCUUUCUUUCCACCCUCACCCUUUGUAUGCGUAGAUGCUGUCGCCAAAAGGAUGUCAUACUUCCGUAACCUUACGAAGAAAGCGCAAUUUCAAGAAUUUGAGCUUGCAGAAUUCACCCAUUAUUGUUCAUCCGCCAUCGCCGACCGACUCUUCCGGAGCGGGCAUCAAGUCAGUUGAUGGGGAAUACAGUGGAGUGAAUGGGCAGCUUCAAGAUCUCGAGAUUGGGUUGGAACUUCGGUUAGAUCUUAGAGCAGAGGACAUUGAAACCUUGGAAGAACUCGGUGCUGGAAACGGCGGAACUGUUUGCAAGGUAUUGCAUAAGCCUACGAAAACAAUCAUGGCUAAAAAGACAAUAUACCCCCAAUCGUUAUUGGAUUCCCCCGCUUUAAUCAACCAAAUCAUCGUCAAGACACCGGCCGAUCAGCCACCGCAGACUACGACUCCGCAAGCGUCAGCCGACUCUACUUCGACGUCGCGACCCUCCCGGUCGGUAUCUACUAAUGUCCUUAACAAGACUCCCCAAAAACCCCUGACUCCCAGUAGCCACACCGAUGUUGAACCUACUAAAUAUACGAAUACGGAUACAUCGGCUGCUACACAGUUUGUUCGAGUCCACCACACCAAACACAAGGUGGAUCCCAAAUUGAUGGUUCGGCGGCAGAUCAUGCGGGAGAUGCAAUAUAUGCACGACUGUGACUCCAAACACAUCGUAAGCUUCUAUGGCGCUUUUAUGAACGACGGUGAUAUUUCCAUGUGCAUGGAAUACAUGGACAUCGGGUCACUGGACAGAGUAUACAAAAAGCAUGGACCAAUUCGACACGACGUCUUGCGCAAAAUUGCCUUUGCGGUUCUGGAUGGACUGAUUUAUUUAUACGACUGCCAUCGGAUUAUUCACAGAGACGUCAAGCCAUCUAAUGUUCUGGUGAAUUCGAUCGGGCAAAUUAAGAUUUGUGACUUUGGUGUGUCGGGGCCACUGAUCGACUCGAUUGCAGAUACUUUUGUUGGCACUAGCUAUUAUAUGAGUCCCGAGCGCAUUCUCGGAUCACCCUAUUCCGUCAAGUCAGACGUUUGGUCAUUUGGCAUGACGUUACUAGAAUUAGCCAUCGGUCGAUUUCCACUUGUCAGUGAAGACGGUACCUCCCCGGCUGUAUUUGAGUUAUUGCAACGCAUUGUACAUGAGCCUGUCCCUACACUACCCUCUAACAAGACCUAUUCCGUCGAAUUGAAAAGCUUUAUUGAUAUAUGUUUACUAAAAGAUAUGGACAGUCGACCAACGCCAGCAGAUCUUAUGCAACAUGGAUAUUUACUAGUACAAGAAAAAGUGGACCUGCAGCAAUGGGCCAAGGAAAUGAUAUAGAAAUGACCUCAGCUCAGAUACCCCCCUUCACCUUUUGUAGAAAGUAAACAUUUAAAUGAAAGAAUACGUAUCCAGACAUUGCGCACUUACCUCUAGGCAGUUUAACUAUCGUAUGUAUAUCAUGUCAUGGGGUAGCAAGCUAGGCGUAAUGCUUCAAAUUUUUUGCUGACUAGUGUUGUGGUGCAAACUCGUUGUACUCAAUGUGGCGGAUUCCGUUGUAACAGUGGAUGGAAUGAAACGCCGUGUUGGACUAUCUAUGACCAGUCGUUACACGGGCUCAGUAAUAAAUGGCAUACAGUAAAAAAGAAUAGAAUCGAUGAUCGGGGAGUACAAGUUGGUCAGCA